AUGGAUAUAACAAUUAUUUUAUCGGAAAGAGGCAAAGAAUUGGCCCUAGUUAAUUUAUACAAGUAUAAAUUAAUUGGAGAGCGAAAAAAAGACAAUCUUUUGAGAUGGAGGUGUACUAAUAAUAAAUGUUCGGCAAUAAUGUUCUCGGGUUUAGAUAAACGUAAAGUGAUUGAAACUGCUGGACAACAUAAUCACGAUAAAAAUUCUAUUGAGAAAAUAGAAACACAAGUUUUAAGAGAAAAUUGCAAAAGAAAAGCUGAAGAAUCAAUUUCCACACGGCCACUUAAAAUUAUUCGCACCGAACUUUUAAAUUCUUCUUCAACAUCAAAUUUAAACAAUCAAAAUGUUUUGAUUUUAUUAUUUUCAUAA